UGCUCGUUUUCGCAGGAAGAAAAAGCGAACCAAUGGGAAGAAAGAGGGAAGAAGAACCAAAAAAAAAAAAAAGUCUCGUGCAGGGUUUUCCACGUUCCCCCCUCGGAUCCACCACCAUCUCGACGAUUUUAUAAGAAAUUGGUGCUUAAGAUUUAGAAAACGGGAAGAUGUCUCCGGCCGAAUCAUCCCGUGAGGACAAUGUGUACAUGGCCAAGCUGGCCGAACAGGCGGAGCGCUAUGAGGAGAUGGUGGAGUUCAUGGAGAAGGUAGCAAAGACGGUGGAUGUUGAGGAGCUCACCGUGGAGGAGCGCAACCUCCUCUCUGUGGCUUACAAGAAUGUUAUUGGAGCCCGCCGGGCCUCUUGGCGUAUCAUCUCCUCUAUUGAGCAGAAGGAAGAGAGCCGUGGGAAUGAGGAUCAUGUUUCCCUGAUCAAGGAGUAUCGUGGAAAGAUCGAGGCUGAGCUUAGCAAGAUCUGUGAUGGCAUUCUGAAGUUGCUUGAUUCCCAUCUGAUAUCCUCUUCCACCACGGCCGAGUCCAAGGUGUUUUACUUGAAGAUGAAGGGGGAUUACCACAGGUACCUUGCGGAAUUUAAGACGGGGGCUGAGAGAAAGGAGGCUGCUGAGAGUACACUGUCAGCCUAUAAGUCUGCUCAGGACAUUGCCCUGGCCGAACUGGCCCCAACUCAUCCUAUUAGGCUGGGGUUGGCUCUUAAUUUCUCAGUGUUCUAUUAUGAAAUUGUGAACUCGCCUGAUCGUGCUUGCAGUCUUGCAAAACAGGCUUUCGAUGAGGCUAUCUCGGAGUUGGACACUCUGAGUGAGGAAUCUUACAAGGAUAGCACAUUGAUCAUGCAGCUGCUUCGUGACAACUUGACCUUGUGGACCUCCGAUAUCACUGAGGAUGCUGGAGACGAGAUCAAAGAACCCUUGGUGCGUGAAUCUGGAGGACAGUAAAACUAAUCACAAAGCCUGCUUGUGAUGGACAUUGCCUUGUAUUUUUCUUUUGUGGUUUCUUGGUGUGUUUGAAGGUUUCAGGUCUUUCUCCUCGAUGCUGUUGUUGGUAGCGAACCUUUUUAGUUUAUUUGACCUACAAUUUAACAUCUUUUGGAAGAUCCAAUGUGCUUAUACUUUUAUCAGGUAAGCUUUUAGCUCUCAUGAUAUCUUUUAUAUUGGCAUU